AUGUUACCAAGGGUGUCUCUUAUCUUCGGCGGGAUCACGAUGUUGUCUGGCGUGGUGGGCGUUCCACUGGGGGCGUGGCUCGGCUCCUCACUCAUCAAACGCUUCCCGCGGUCGCAUCCAAUAAUUUGCGGGAUCGGACUCCUCAUCUCUGCGCCGCUGAUGACCCUCGCGAUGGUGCUGUGCGAAGGAUACUUCUACGCGCCGUUCGUGCUCAUGUUUUUCGGGGAGGUCGCUUUAAACCUCAACUGGGCAAUUGUCGCUGAUAUGUCACUGUACGUUGUGAUUCCUCCGAGGCGGUCGACAGCAGAGGCAUUCCAGAUUUUAAUAUCCCACAUGUUUGGAGACGCUGGCAGUCCCUAUCUUGUUGGUGUGAUUUCGGAAGCGCUAAAGCGUUACUACUCAACACCGCAAGAGCCGGCGAGUCAGAGUGCCAAGUUCCGAUCCCUUCAGUACGCGCUAUUCGUCACAUGCUUCGUAGAAGUCAUCGGCGGUGUAUUCUUCCUUAUAUCCGCGUUAUACAUCGUUAGAGACAAAGCCAAAGUGGAUAGAGCUAUUGCCGAGGCCGAAGCCCAAAAUGCCGAGCCAUCACACAGUAAUGCGCAAGAAGAAGCCUCCGUCGGUGAAUAA